AUGAACCAGGAGAUGGGGGAGGGUGCUGUCGGUCCAGGCCCCUCUCCUUUGGCUUCCUCAGGACCUGUUUCAAAUUUUGUUGGUGACGUGAUGGACACGCUUUUCCCUCUGCCCAGGCCACCUCCAUUGAAGAUGAUCAGUGGCCUUAGCAGCGGACGCCGCCAGAGAUUGGCCAAGCGUGUGAAGCAUCGCCAUGACUAUAUCGAGAUGAUUUCUUCUCUUAAUUGGAUGCAUGUUGGCGACUUUGACGCCCAGCCUACUUCGGGACCGUCGGCUUUGCAGCUGCGGGUGCUCAGGCGAUUGGAUGAAUUGGUUGGGCAGGUGGACUACUCGGACUUACCGGGUGGGAUGCCGUCGCAGGAGGCAGCCUACAAAGAGCUGCUCCAUGGGUUGGACGGCUACUGUGAGCCAUCCACUCCAGCUUCUCUCGCGCCCUUCAACCUCGAGCUCAUUUCGCUGCCUGGCGACCUUUCCACUGCCCCUGCGGCACUGGAUUUGCUAGACGGCGAUGACCGUCGAUACCUGGAGGCAGAGCUUCUCGGUCCCCCCUUUGGACUGCAUGCCAGACACGUUGGACUCACGGGGAAGCUGCUCGAUGGUCAGGACUCCUCGCUGGUCAAUGAUCGAUCUGGGCCAGCGGUGUUCCCGGCGGAGGGCUUGACUGGGCUAACAGAGCAGUUCACCAACCAGAACCUCCUGCUCCAUCCAGGUUUCAUCGUGUUCGUCAAGGUCUCCGACACCUUCUUCGAUGGAAGCGCUGCACAGGGCUUUUGCCGGGAUGAUGCCGGCGCUCAGAGCAGAUUGGUGACUGGGCGAUGGAUCUCCGGGGAACUGGGGGAUGAGGAUUAUUUGGAGGCCCGCUGGAGCCGACCUGAACACAUUGUGCACUUGGAGGAUGUGGCCCGUAUUGGGCGACUAUGUCGAGGCCGGGGGGUGUGCGACCGUACAGGCCGACAGCACUUCCAACUGACAGGAUCCAAUCACCAAGGCGUACCAUGGACACAUAUUGCACAGCCAUACCCUACUCUGCUCUGCAAGCAAUUGGCCUUCUCCUUGACUGCCCCCUCCCACUAUUGA